UCUAGAUGCCAUACAACGACGAGUUGCUAGCCCAGCUGCCCUUUUAUUGCUCAGUCAAUCAACUGCUUUGGAGCACCUCCGUCCUGAUGAUCUUCUUCGAUAUGGUUGAGUAUCAUGCCACAGAGCGUGUGCUUUGCCAGUUUCACCUUCCCCAGCCUAUAUCGAGGGAGCCUGGAUGAGUGGCUAUACACUAUCAGCGGGAUGACCGUGCCAGGCUGGACGAUAUAUAUAUGGGAUGGCUAGAGCAGCAGGUCCAUAUUUAGGAGGAGCAGCGAGCUGACCGUAUUCCGCCAGCACCUACAUUUACCCAGGAGGCCACUAUUCAUAUGUAUGCGUCAUGGUACCAUCGUCACACCGGACUAAUCAUCGGGAACCCCAUUAAUGUACUUGGCAAGCGCUACAAACCAUACGCCGGGAGACACAAGGCACUGGCUAUUGGGCGUCAUCACCUCUACCAGUUGGGACAGGAGAUGCAGCAGCAUACCGACAUCCCUACAGUCGUUGACUAUGGCCGGCGGGUGGCACAGUUGGCUCGUCGGACCCUGUUUCAGGCGAGAGAUGCCGCGAGGUUGGACCACGAGGCUCAGUAUGCAGCGCCAGAGGACUACCAUCGGGGUAGGGGUGUCCCACGUGGAUGGCGGACGCAGGUUGAGUUAUGCCUCAUUCCCGGCGAUUGAUGCGGAUCUACCACAGACGCAUGCUUCGUCCCAGCCCAUCUUUGAGGCCACUAUAUGCUUUGAUGAGAACACCACAGAUGCAUAUAUUCAGGAGGCCGACGAGACCACG